AUGACUGACCAGGCCAUUCCGUACACACCACUGGAGGUGUCGCUUCCCCCGGUCUCUUCCAAGGAAAUCUUCUCCGAACUACAAUGGACAACGCUUUUGUCGAUAGCGGAUACCGUGAUCCCAUCCAUUAGAGGGCCCACGGCGUCGUCCGCAUCUGCCAAGAUAAUUCCCCAGUCCCGACUUAACGCGACGAUCGAAACGCUAGCACGCUCCAUCCACGACCCUGAUGCAAGCACUCUGGCUAUGCAGUAUCUGGAAGAGAAUGCAUCCUCCAAUGUCCAAUUUCGGGACACGCUCCAGCGUCUGUUUGCCGAUUACGUCAACGAACAAGGGAGGAACGGACUAAGCUUUAUCUUGAAUACAUUGAACUCCAAAGCGGGUUCGCUUAUCUUAACCGGCUCGACGACCCUGUUUCAAGAGCAACCAUUCGAAAUCCGGGACAAGAUCUUCCGCGGCUGGGAAACAUCUAGAUUGAAGCCAUUGCGCGGUGUCUUCCGAGCUCUGACGGGCAUCGUGAAAAGGACAUGGAUUACGUCUAGUCCGACCAUUUGCCCGGUUCUGGGCUUCCCUCGGGUUCCGGUGCACGGGAAACCCGCAGAUGGCUUCAAAUACGACUUCCUACAGAUCCCGCCCGGGGAGGAGCCGGAGACUAUCGAGACAGAUAUUGUCGUAGUGGGUAGCGGCUGCGGUGGCAGUGUUGCCGCCAAAAACUUGGCCGAAGCCGGCUAUAAUGUCAUGGUGGUGGAGAAGUCUUAUCAUUAUCCAUCAAAACAUUAUCCCAUGAACUUCAACGAGGGCUUUGUGAGUAUGUUUGAGGCCGCAGGCGUCACCGGCUCGGACGACGGCUCCAUGGGGAUCUUUGCUGGCUCGACUUGGGGGGGUGGCGGCACUAUUAACUGGUCGGCAGCGUUGCAAACGCAGGGCUACGUUCGUCAGGAAUGGGCGGAUUAUGGCCUGCCUUUCUUCACCUCAUUGGAAUUCCAAAAUUCCCUGGACCGAGUUUGUGAUCGCAUGGGUGUGAGCUCCGAAAACACUACUCAGAAUACUUCAAACAAUGUUCUGUUGGAGGGAGCUAGAAAACUGGGGUAUGCCGCCAAACCCGUGCCUCAAAAUACUGGUGGUCACAAGCACUACUGCGGACAUUGCACGAUGGGAUGCCAUUCGGCGGAAAAGCAGGGCCCUACGGAGACUUUUCUAGCCGACGCAGCGUGCGCCGGCGCGGUGUUUAUUGAAGGAUUCAAUGCCCACAAGGUCCUGUUCACUAACACGAAGGGCGGACGAGUGGCUUCGGGAGUGGAAGGAACCUGGACGUCCCGAGAUGCGUACUUGGGCCGGUCCGGAGAUACUUCGGUCAAGCGAAAGGUCAUCAUCAAAGCCAAGAAGGUCAUAGUUUCGUGUGGAACGCUUCAGAGCCCGCUUCUUCUGCUGCGCAGCGGAAUCAGAAACUCCCAAGUAGGACGCAAUCUUCACUUGCAUCCAGUCAUCAUCGGCGGCGCUGUCUUUGAGGAGGAAACUCGACCGUGGGAAGGAGGGGCCCUGACAGCCGUCGUUAAUGAAUUCGAGGACCAAGACGGACACGGCCACGGCGUCAAGAUUGAAUGUCUCACUAUGCUGCCGGCAGCUUUUCUUCCAGCAUUCCCUUGGCGCGACGGACUUGAUUACAAGCUGUGGGCGGCGAAGCUGUCACGUAUGACCGGCUUUAUCACGCUGACGAAAGACCGAGGCAGCGGUCGAGUUUACCCCGAUCCCAAUGACGGACGAUGCCGCGUCGACUAUACGGUGUCGGCAUUUGAUCGCAGGCACAUUGUCGAAUCCCUGGUCGCAACCGCGAAGAUCGCCUAUAUCUCGGGCGCGAAGGAAUUUCAUACUUCGUGUCGUGAAAUUCCACCAUUUAUCCGGGCGGAACACCCGGUUGAUGAGGACGAGGCCGAGGGCAUCAACAAUGCCGCUCUUCAGGCGUGGAUCGCGGAACUACGCCGCAAGACCCUCGACCCAGAACGGACACUCUUUGCAUGCGCGCAUCAGAUGGGAAGCUGUCGCAUGGGCACCACCCCGCGAACCAGUGUGGUGGAUCCCGAAUGUCAGGUCUGGGGAACACAGGGAUUGCAUGUUGUGGAUGCCUCCGUGUUCCCUAGUGCUAGCGGCGUGAACCCGAUGGUGACUAACAUGGCCAUCGCAGACUGGGCUAGUGCGCGAAUCGCUAAGUCAAUGGAACGGGAUGGCUUAACGGCUCGCCUUUAA